CGCGUAAGCUUCAGAAUGGACGUCCAGCAACCUGCACGUCCGCAUCCACUCCUCCCACCGAGAAAGCGCUUCCUGCUGCAUUUUCUCAUGUCAUGCGAGCUUUAGAUUGUGAUCGGCGAGGAUGAGGAGCCGCAGUAACUCCGGAGUGAGGCUGGAUGGCUACGCUCGGCUGGUCCAGGAGACUAUUCUGUGUCACCAGAACCCUGUGACCGGAUUGUUACCAGCCAGUGCCCAGAAGAAGGAUGCCUGGGUGCGCGAUAACGUGUACAGUGUCCUGGCUGUGUGGGGGUUGGGCAUGGCCUACCGCAAGAACGCAGAUCGUGACGAAGACAAGGCCAAGGCCUAUGAACUGGAGCAGAGUGUGGUGAAACUGAUGCAGGGACUUCUUCACUGCAUGAUGAGACAGGUUGCCAAAGUGGAGAAGUUCAAACACACUCAGAGUACGAAGGAUUGCCUGCACGCCAAGUAUGACACUCCCACCUGUGCCACCGUUGUCAGGGACGACCAGUGGGGUCACCUCCAGGUGGACGCCACCUCUAUUUAUUUACUGAUGCUGGCGCAAAUGACGGCCUCGGGUCUCCGGAUCAUUUCUAACCUGGAUGAAGUUGCUUUUAUCCAAAAUCUGGUCUUUUACAUUGAAGCUGCCUACAAAGUGGCUGACUAUGGGAUGUGGGAACGUGGUGACAAGACCAACCAGGGCAUCCCGGAACUGAACGGCAGCUCUGUGGGAAUCGCAAAGGCUGCUCUAGAGGCAAUCGAUGAGCUGGAUCUUUUCGGCGCUCACGGAGGACCAAAGUCUGUGAUUCAUGUUUUGCCUGAUGAAGUGGAACACUGUCAGUCCAUCCUAUGCUCCAUGCUGCCCAGAGCUUCAACCUCAAAAGAGAUAGACGCGGGUCUCCUUUCAGUCAUUUCUUUUCCUGCGUUUGCUGUGGAGGAUGCUGAUUUGGUGGCCAUCACUAAGUCGGAGAUCAUAAGCAAACUGCAGGGACGCUAUGGCUGCUGUCGCUUUAUUAGGGAUGGAUAUCUCUGUCCCAAGGAGGAUCCAUCGCGGCUGCAUUAUGAUCCAGCAGAGCUGAAACUGUUUGAGAACAUCGAGUGUGAGUGGCCUGUUUUCUGGACUUACCUGCUCCUGGACGGGAUCUUUAGUGGCGAUCAAGUGCAGGUGCAGGAGUACCACGAGGCAUUGGAGGGCGUUUUGAUCCGAGGAAAGAACGGCAUCAAACUCGUGCCUGAGCUUUACGCUGUUCCACUUGAUAAGGUGGAAGAAGAGUACAGCAACCCUCAUUCCGUGGACAGAGUUGCUAAAGGGCAGCUGCCACACAUGUGGGGACAGUCCCUUUACAUCCUGGGCUGCCUACUCACUGAGGGGUUCCUGGCUCCAGGGGAGAUUGAUCCUCUCAACAGGAGAUUUUCUACUAACUUCAAACCGGAUGUUGUGGUGCAAGUUUGUGUUCUUGCCGAGUCGGAGGAGAUCCAGGAGCUGCUGAGUAACCAGGGGAUUGAUGUGCAAAUGAUGUCAGAAGUUCUGCCCAUCAGGAUCCUCCCGGCCCGGAUCCUGAGUCACGUCUACGUCCGACUUGGAAAUUGCAAGAAACUCAAUUUGAGCGGGCGGCCGUACCGGCACAUCGGCGUUCUGGGAACCUCCAAGUUUUAUGAGAUCAGGAAUCGCUCGUAUAUAUUCACCCCUCAGUUUCUGGACCAUCACCAUUUCUACUUGGCGCUGGAUAACCAGAUGAUUGUGGAAAUGUUACGAACAGAGCUGGCUUAUCUCUCAUCCUGUUGGAGGAUGACAGGACGGCCCACGCUCACCUUCCCCAUCACUCGCAGCAUGCUCGAUGAAGAUGGAGAUGAAAUCGAUCCGUGUAUCUUGUCAACCUUGAGGAAACUCCAAGAUGGAUACUUUGGUGGAGCAAGGGUGCAGAUGUCGUCCCUUUCAAGCUUUCAAACCACCUCCUUCCACACUCGCCUCAGCUUCCUGGAUGAGGAGAACGAUGACAAUCUACUGGAGGAAGAUGAGGUUGAUGGGGAUGAAGAAUAUGGCGAAGAAUACCUCAGCUGUGGCCCUACAGGCAAGUCUGAGGACAUGUUCGAGCAGUACCUCACCCAACUGCUCCACAGCACCACCGUCAAGUGUCACCUACCUCCCAUCCAGAGGGGGCAGCACCACGUCUUCAGUGCUGAACACACCACCCGAGAUAUACUGUCACUAAUGGCACAGGUCCAAGGCCUCAACAUGCCCAAGUCUUCCAUGUACCUGCCAGUCGGCCCCGUCAUGAAGCGCAGCAGCAAACAUCGUAAAGCUCUUAACCUGCUGGAAGUCCCACACCCUCACCACGCUGCACAUGCACACAAGUUAAAGUCCCAUAGUGUGGCAGAUCUACACCUCCCCCGAGACUCCCAUGGUGAUACGGACUUCGCGGCACUGGUGCGGCAGCUGAAGGAAUGCCCGACUCUGCAGGACCAAGCUGACAUCCUCUACAUUCUCUACGCCAUGAAAGGGGCGGAUUGGCUGGUGGAGCUGUCGGGUCCUGGUCAGGGCGGGGUCAGCGUGCGCACCUUGCUGGAGGAGCUCUAUGUUCAAGCUGGAGCCUGCAAGGAGUGGGGUCUGAUCAGAUACAUCUCUGGGAUAUUACAGAAGAGGGUGGAGGUCCUCGCUGAGGCCUGCACAGACCUGAUCUCUCACCACAAGCAGCUGACGGUGGGUCUCCCUCCAGAGCCCAGAGAAAGAGUCAUCACCGUUCCACUUCCUCCUGAGGAGCUGAACACGUUGAUCUAUGAGGCCAGCGGUCAGGACAUCAGCAUCGCCGUCCUCACACAGGAAAUCAUGGUGUACCUGGCCAUGUACAUGCGCUCGCAGCCCGCCCUGUUCGGGGACAUGCUCCGCCUCAGAAUUGGACUCAUCAUGCAGGUGAUGGCCACCGAACUGGCCCGCAGCCUCCACUGUUCAGGGGAGGAAGCCUCCGAGAGUCUCAUGAGCUUGAGUCCUUUUGGGAUGAAGAACCUGCUGCAUCACAUCCUCAGUGGGAAAGAGUUUGGAGUGGAAAGGAGCAUGCCCCCAGUCAUGUCUACGGCCACCAGUCCAGCCAUCUCCAUUCACGAGCUGGGUCACACUGGCGCCACCAAGACGGAACGCACGGGGAUACACAAACUGAAGAGCGAGAUCAAACAGAUCUUCAGCGGCGGUCAUUCCCUGAGUAGUAAUGUCACUUCUCCUCGCUCUACGCGCUGCAGUAGUCCCUCCACCCCCAGUGGAGUCUUGUCUCCAGUGGGCCCUGGCCCGAGUGAUGGUCAGCUGCACUGGGAGGAGACGCAGGGUCAGUGGUUACGAAGGCGACGGCUGGACGGGGCCAUCAACAGAGUUCCUGUGGGCUUCUACCAGAGAGUGUGGAAGAUCCUGCAGAAGUGUCACGGCCUGUCCAUCGACGGCUACGUGCUGCCGUCCUCCACCACCAGAGAGAUGACGGCUGGAGAAAUCAAGUUUGCCGUGCAGGUGGAGUCGGUUCUGAACCACGUGCCUCAACCUGAGUACCGGCAGCUGUUGGUGGAGACUGUGAUGGUGGUGGGCCUAAUAGCUGACGUGGACGUGGAGAGCAUUGGGGGCAUCAUCCACGUGGACCGAAUCCUUCACAUGGCCAACGAGCUUUUCCUGAGUGACCUGAAAUCUCGCAGUGCCAGCGACUACUUCCUGCAGAAGGACCCUGCAACCGGAAUCUGCAACUUCUUCUACGACAGCGCCCCUAGUGGCAGCUACGGCACUAUGACUUAUCUGUCAAAAUCGGCUGUUACCUAUGUCCAGGACUUCCUGCCAAGUUCAAGCUGCUUGAUGCAGUGAAGAUGGGAACCACUGACCUGACAUGGACCAACUACACAAGUCCCAACCUCAUUUUUGCAUCAUGUCAUCGUGUGAACCUUUCAGAUCGAAGUUCACAAGAAAGCAUUUCUUUUAACUGAGCCAAACAAAACUUGAAGCAGAUUUUACUCAGAGUUGAACAUAUUCAACAUCAAGACUCCAAGAAUGCUGCAAACAGUUUGUCAAUUCUGACUUGCGACUCCCAGGAGCGUGUGACAUCAUCUUAUGAACUAAUCUCUGAACUGAUACAUUUAAAUUCCAGUGUUUUUAAUGGGAAUAGAGUGCGCCAGUCAUUCCUGAUUUAUAUUUAUUUAUAUUUAAUUGGCCAGAGUUGUUUAGUUUGGUGCUAAAAUUAGGGAAAUCUCAACAGUGAGACCAGUGUGCAUGUAUGUGUUGUCCUCCCUCAUUUGUGUAUAGAAAUAUAUGUGAGUUGUGUAACUGUACUUGCAGAUGAAUGGUGCGCAUGUCCACACAAUACUGUAUUUUAUUAUUACUUGUUGCGAUGGCCAUGUAUUCGUGUACAAACAGAGGUAUAAUAAAAAUAUAUUCAAGAGCCAAGUCUAUCUGAGACAGUGAGUUGAGACCUUCCAGGGUGCAUCUCAGCUGAGUCCAAUUUGGUUCUCAGCUGAUCUGUUCUGACAACCAGUGUAUGUUAGACCGUCAGUAGCUGCCCAUACUUUUUAAGUAUUGCCAGAUUAUAUGUUUAUUCAUUAUUUAGUUAGGAAAAAAAAGUGAAAUGUUAAUGUUUUAGACAGAGUUUCAGAACACUGGAAUGAAUUUAGAUUCAGGGAUCUUACAUGAGAGGCCCUUUCAUGCUCAUUGUGUUGUUGUGUGGCUUUUAAAUGACACCGGAUCCCAGUGUGGCGCCAUCGUAACU